AAUCCCAGUUUGGGAUAUGUAGUAUGCGCUCUGUAACGACACUAUCUUUACAUAAUGUAUAUUAGAUUUUAUUUUUCCUCAUUCAUCCUCAAAUGCGAGGUAUGGAUGAAGCUGCAAUGAUCCAAACUAAAAGCAAACCGAGCAUCUUCCCCAGCAACGCCCUGAACGCCAGACCAGCGUGCGCACCAGCCGGUCACAGAGGAUGACGGCGGCUGCUCGGUGGAGCUGCAGAUCGUGCUGCUGAGGAACCUGCUGCACCCCCCACUACUACCCCCGGCUCAUUUACCCCGGCCAGGACAGGAGCUGCUGAGCUGCUGAGGCUGCCGAGGAACCUGCUGCACCCCCCACUACCCCCGGCUCAUUUACCCCCGGACAGGACAGAGGAUGCUGAGCUGCUGAGGCUGCCAGUGCCGAGGCGCCUGCAGCAUCAGCACCAUUCCCGCCUGCAUCCAGAUGCCUCCGCGCCGCCUGACUGGGCUGUGCGUGCUCGACACGGAGGGAUAAGGAAGAAACGGAGUCUUGUUGGAACCCAUGACAGCCAGCCCGCCCCCUGCCCUGACGAUUCCCCGGGACGCAGUGAGAGUCUGAGGCCGCCGGACACGGGCUUCAUGCGAGGGGCCGCUGAUGCGCGGAUGCGGGAUGAGGAUGCGCCGCGCCCCGACACAGAUUUAUGACAACCACCACCGAUCCGGAUUUUUGCUGGACUGUGGCGCACCGUGAGCAUUUGAUUCUUUUUUUGUGUGGGCUCUUUUUCUUCCCUUUAUAUCUGGGAGUGUAUGAGGGACCUAAUGUUGAAGGAUCGGGCGGUUUGGUUUGAAAGGAUCAACUGAGUGCCGGGAAGGACCAGGGCGGAGCUGCUCACCUGGUGAUUUCAUCACACAAUAAUAAUAACCUGUGAUCAUGGCUGAGAGAACGCUGGAGCAGGGCUCGGUCAGCAUCCCCAUGGAGGAGACCAAGCUCCCUGGAGGAGCCCCCCAGGAGGCGCCGCUGCUCACCCACCUGAAGAAAGUGGAGAACCACAUCACAGAGGCUCAGCGCUUCUCCCACCUCCCACGCCGCUCCACCGUGGACCUGGAGUUCAAAGAGCUCUCGUACACCAUCCGGGAGGGUCAUUGGUGGAGGAGAAGAGGUUACAAAGCUCUCCUCAAGUGUCUGUCGGGACGAUUUUGCAGCAGAGAGCUGAUCGGCAUCAUGGGGCCCUCUGGAGCCGGGAAAUCCACUUUGAUGAAUAUCCUGGCAGGAUACAGGGAAACCGGUAUGAAGGGCAAGAUCCUGGUGAACGGCCGACCGAGGGACCUCAGGACUUUCAGGAAGAUGUCCUGCUACAUCAUGCAGGAUGACAUGCUGCUGCCGCAUCUCACUGCAAGGGAGGCUAUGAUGGUUUCUGCCAAUCUGAAACUGAACGAGAGCAUGCAGGUCAAAACGGAACUUGUGGAUGAGAUUCUGACAGCUCUGGGUCUUCAGGAAUGUGCCCAGACACGCACCAACUCCCUGUCUGGGGGUCAGUGUAAAAGACUGGCCAUCGCGCUGGAGCUGGUCAACAAUCCCCCGGUCAUGUUCUUCGAUGAGCCCACCAGUGGUCUGGACAGCGCGUCGUGCUUUCAAGUGGUUUCUCUCAUAAAGUCCCUGGCUCAGGGAGGCCGGACAAUCAUCUGCACCAUUCAUCAGCCCAGUGCCAAGCUCUUCGAGAUGUUUGAUAAGCUGUACAUCCUCAGUCAGGGUCAGUGCAUAUACAAGGGCACAGUCCCUUACCUCAUCCCUUAUCUGAAGAACCUGGGCCUUCACUGCCCAACAUAUCACAAUCCCGCUGAUUUCAUCAUUGAAGUGGCAUCAGGAGAGUACGGUGACCUGAACCCGGUGCUGUUUGAGGCGGUGCAGGGCGGACUGUGUUCGGAGGAAGGCAAGAAGAACUCCAGAGACAAAAGUGACUCCUCCUGUCCCUCUCAGUGUUACAGUGACACAGGAACUCUGGAGAAGCAUAGCUUUGCCACCAGUACGUUCACACAGUUCUGCAUCCUCUUCAAAAGAACUUUCGUUACAAUAUGCAGAGACACGGUGCUGACCCACCUCAGGGUGAUGUCCCAUCUGUGCAUUGGAGUGCUUAUUGGUCUGCUUUAUCUCAAAAUCGGAAAUGAUGCCAGCAAGGUUUUCAACAACACCGGCUUCCUCUUCUUCUCCAUGCUGUUCCUCAUGUUUGCCGCCCUGAUGCCCACAGUACUCACCUUUCCGCUGGAGAUGUCUGUGUUUUUGAGAGAGCAUCUCAACUACUGGUACAGCUUGAAGGCUUACUACUUGGCCAAAACUAUGGCUGACAUACCGUUCCAGGUGAUAUGUCCGAUCAUGUACUGUAGUAUAGUGUACUGGAUGACUGAACAGCCUCCAGAAGUGGGUCGUUACCUGCUGUUCAUGGCCUUGUCCACAUCCACAGCCCUCGUAGCUCAGUCUCUGGGGCUGCUGAUAGGAGCUGCAUCCACAUCUUUGCAGGUAGCAACUUUUGUGGGUCCAGUCACAGCCAUACCCGUCCUCCUCUUCUCUGGCUUCUUCGUCAACUUUGACACUAUUCCAAAAUACCUGCAGUGGAGCUCUUAUGUCUCUUAUGUCAGGUAUGGCUUUGAGGGGGUGAUUCUUUCCAUCUACGGGAUGAACCGGUCUGAGCUGAUGUGUCCGGACCCAAUAUGUAAGUUUCAAAAGCCAGAAGAGGUCCUGCAGCUUCUGGAUGUGGAGGACGCAAAGCUUUACGUAGACUUCAUGGUGCUGGGGGUUUUCUUCGUGGUCCUCCGACUGGCCACGUACCUGGUUCUGCGAUACAAAGUCAAGUCUGAGCGCUAAAACAUCUGGAGAAAAAACCACCGGGGGGAUCUGGAUGCUCGUGCAUAUCCCGGCAGAGGGAGAAAACCUGUCGUUUCUCUUCCUCUGUCUCCACUUCACACGUUAGAAAGACAGACACAAACCCAGUGCAUUCAAUUGUCUCAGAAAUGUGCUGCACCAUAACCCAAACUGUACAGUUUAAAACCGACUGAAGUGGUUUAUUGUUGAAAAAAAAAUGAAAGGCUAGACUGCAAAGUGUCGCUCUAUCCCAAACCUCUCCCUUGGUGGUGUUGCAAUUCUCAACUCAAUAUUACCUUCCUAAAAAAUGAAAAUCAUAUAAAGAUAACAUAUUGUAUAUCUGCACCAGAAAGGAAGAUAAAACCCAACAAAGUAACCAAAGGCAUGCUUGAUCAAGAUGAUAAAUUUGGAUUUAUACAUUUUUUUUUUUUUUGUCCAAUUCAGGUAAGUGUCAAAUGAAUCAUGACAUGAAGCCUCAUGAUAAAAGGAACCCAUAACAACUGUUUUGGUGCAAGAUGGUUUCAAUUUAGUGCCUGAAAAGGUCAUCUAAUCUCCAUCAGAAUCCUGUUAACUGAUUUGUAACACUGCAGCAUCCAUCAGGAUGAAGAAGGAGCUAGAUUUUAGGAUGGAUUCCCAAUUAUCAUGCGUGUUUUCUACAACAGAAAACAUUUGCAAGGCUCAUCUUUCUCUUGUGGGCUCAUCUUAUCAGGUAUCUGUACCAAGAUGCUGAACAUAUUGACUUGUAUUUGUGGAAAAAAAAAAAAAAGAAAAGAUGUAUAGAGACUAACUGCCAUUGACUUCCCUCACUCUCCAGUGGGGAUCAUUUUCACAGGCCUUCUGUCCUGCGACUCAAUGAGGAAGAACAUUCAAACUGGAAUGAAGUGCUUGUAAAAAUGUUAAUGAGCUUGUCUUAUGUAACGACUGAUAUGAAUUUACCCUGCAACCAGAUCUGUGAGUCUUUAGUUGGUCCUUAUUGUAACAUCUUUGUUUCUGCCACAACUGAGGAAGCAUUCGUCUCAACUGGGAGCAAAAUGUGAAAACAACUCAUGUGUCUCCAGCCUUAUGCAGAGGGCUGUGGUCGUUGCAGGGUGAAUGGUGUUGUCGAUGAAGUGUAAUAGCUUAUUCUAUGGAUCAAAAAAAGCGAUGUUUGCUGAAUCAGUGUCUCUCUCUUGACACUAUAAUUCACUGAAAUGCUUAUUUCCACUUGCUGUAUGACUCUUUCGCUGCCUCCUUGCUGAGCUACAAAAGGAAGUCCCCCCCCACCCCCUGUCCUUUCCUCCUCUUUAUCUCUGCUUUGCUGAUGUCUGACAGACGUGUGUUGUGCAAAACAAUGCUAGAUACUUGAAAUGCUGGCCGGGCAGUUUUUGUGCCUCUGAACUAGAAUGAUUUGUCUCCUCUGCUUCAUCGUUUGCACAUACACCUUAUGUCUGCAUACUUAACGGUAUGCCGGCUCUCACACAGAUGCACACACGGCUACAAACACUCACAUGCAUACACAACUGAACACACAUGUUCACCUCGGUAAUGUUUAGAGCCUCUCCUCCAGUCACAAGGCAAUGCAAAUAUUUUCCAAUAGACUUGCUAUGAAAUGUUUCCUACUCAGACUAUGCUACUUAGUAAUCCUUAUUAUAAUGCAUAACAUGAUGUGAGUAUAUAAUCUAUGAUUGUACAGUGAAUAUGUCAUGCUGUAAACAGAUGUACUUUUGCACUUUUUAGUGUAUGUUUAAUUUUUUAAUUAUUUGUAUUUAAUUUUAUUUUUAUAAAUCUGAAAUGAGCGCUGCUUGAAAGUCCGAUGGAUUAAAACAGGAGCUAAAUGCUGCACGAAUGCGGUAGGAAGGGAAAAAAAUAAUAAUAAAGUUCAGAAGAUAGCGUGAUAAUUUAAUUUCCUCAUCCAAAAAGUGUGGAUCCCAUCCGGCUGAGGAGAUGCAGAUCCGUUGCUUUCCACUGAGAAUUUUUAGGAUAUCUAGAAUCAAGUGUGCAUCAGGGUUGUGGAGCGGAUUAGGGGUGAGAAGAUCAAUUAUAAAUGUGUGAAAUGUGCCAGAUGGAUAACAUGCAAGGGUGUAAAGCCGUCAAGCAAGUGUAUCAAUAUGUAGCUGAUUGGCUGUCUCUCUGAGGAGCCUCUGAUUCAGGAAGAUGAGUGGUCACUGAUCAACUUCUCUGUUCAGCACACAGAGACGGGGCUGCAACAGCAGCUUUGUUUCUUUCCUAACAGCAAUAGUCGAUGAUGGGAUGUUUUUAGUGUGAUACCUCCCCCUGCUGUUGCUUUAGUCACUUUCUUUAGUCUUAUCUUCCUCUUGGUUUCAUGUGCAAUAACCAUCCAAAGGUAUUUUAACUUAAUGGAAGAAGAACUGUGACAUUACUAUCCAAAGUUUUUGUUGCCUCUGUUCAGUAACAAUUUUAUUUAGUUUGUCUGGAUGUAUUUAAUUUCAGGGACAGUAGUGGAAGAACAACAGUAAAAGGAACUCUAGAUGGAUGCUGGGUGACCUGAGGCCCCUCGGCAGAUGUGACAGUUUUAAUAUUGGACCUUGUUGAGAUAAAUGGGCGAGAUCCAACUGCUAAGAAGUGAAACAAAACUGUAGCCAUUGUCAGUUUUCUUGCCGACAAAAAAGAAAAAAUGUGAAUUAAGCCUCUCUAAAUUGGCACAAAUUGGUGGAAGAUCUGUGGGGCAUGGGUUUUGAAUGUCGGGGUGGAAUAAUUCCAGAAAAGACGGAGCUCCAUCCUGUUAACAAAGCAGCAAUAAUUAGCUGAAGUCAUUAAGCUGUCUGAGAAAAUCUUAACCCGCAGUAACAAAGAAGAUAAUACUUUGCUUUUCUGUCCCAAAAUGUGGCCUAUAACAGUGUGAGUAAAAUAUUGUUUCUCGAUGUUCUCUUUAAUCUCCUGAUCAAUGGAAGUGCAGGACGUGGUGUGACCCCGGAGGAGACGCUAAAGAAUUGAACUGAACAAGAUUAAGUGUGAGCUUUGUGAAGGGGAUUUGGAACCAUGUGACGCAGCUGAUGAACAAAAAUUGUGUUUUACAGUCUCUUUGCCACUUAAUACUCAUUGUUUCACUAACUCAUCUGUUCCUAUAAACAAGCCACCAGACUUAAGUGCACUCUGUCAUGCAUGGUAAUAAUAAUAAUAUGCAGGCUAGCCCUUCAGAAAACUUUGAAAAAUGGCAAUGGAGUUAUUUUAAACACUUUCCUCUGUUGUUGUUUCUUUGUUUUGUUUGU